AUGAUCACAGACGACAAACUUCACAAAGAACCACCAUCUUCAACUUUUUCUCCACAACCACCAACAACAACAACAACAACCAAUGCUGCUGUGCAUAUCGGCACUCUCAAUCUUGAUUCAUCCUCUUGCUCAUCGUCCACCAUGACCACCCAACAACAUGUGGAUUCUAAUAUGAAUAACAAAGCAUUCACUCGUAACUCCUCGAAACAACAACAACAACUUCAUGAUCAUCGAAUGUUAAUGUCAUUUCCACCUUCAAAAACAUCUUCUUUGAAUUCGUCAACCACACCAACAACUGUGUUUUCACCGAAUACGAAUCAUAAUAAUAAUAACAAUUCGACAACAACACCGAAUACUAUCUUGUCACAAACUCCAUUUUCCUUCUUUAAACGAUUAUUAACAAAAGCUUCAUCAUUGAACACGUCAAGGAAUACAAAUAAUAGUAUUACGAAUCAUCAUCAAACAGCAACAAUAUCGAAAGAAAAUGAUGAUUCAAAUAACAAUCGUGAAAAUCAUUCCAAAUUUCCAUUCGAUUUUCCCAUUGCACAGAAUUCAUCAUCUGCUUGUUUAGAACCGAAAUUUUCAACAAGUUUCACUUCAGAAAAUACUUUAAAGAUGAACCAACAUGAAAAUGAUUUACAACAUGUAGUGGAAAAUGUUGAGGAUCCAAAUCGUGCUACAAGAACGACCACGCGUGUGACCAUUGUAAACAUGGAUGCAUUCACAUCCUCACAACCAUUGACGAUGGAUCAAAAUAAUCACAUCAUCCUUUCAAAUCGAACAAGCAGCAACAAUCCUACGACUUCUACUCUUGCAACAGUGACUCCAUCCGUUGUUCAACCAUCUCCUCAUGAACAUUCUCAACAACAACAACUCAAUCACCACCACCACCACCACACGGGUAUCCUCAUGCAAUCGUCCAAUCGUAUUGGUGUAAUGGACACCAAUGAAAAUACGAGUAUCCAUUUGGGUGUAGAUCCACAACACUUGUCCACAUGUCUUCAUGGUAGUAGUAACAGUGAAUUAUUUUCGCCAAAAGAAUCUCCGCAUUCAACAUUCAAAAUUUCAGCCAAUCUCUUGGACCAAGAAACCUUAGAAUUGACGACAACGUUCGAAAAAUCAAAUCAUUCCAUUCACACCAAGAAACGAGAAGAGAAACGAAACCCACAAACCUCUACCACAACCUCAACUGUCACUUUUCAAACCAUCAACCCCACUCCUAAAACUACUAGGAAAUCUCGUCAUGCCUCUCCAUUGUUUCGAAUGAAUCAAUCCAAUCCUACGACGUCUACUCCAAAAACAUAUUUUAAAAAGCUCACUUUUAUGGAAAGUUUAUCCAUCUCUGCAGAUCCUUCGACCUCUACUUCGACCACACAUUUGAAAAACAAACACUCCAAUGUUGAUAUUGUGGAAACUGAUUUACUUUUCAAUGAUUUACAAGUGUUUCAAAAUCAAGUAGUGAAGAGAUAUGUGAAAAUAUUGGAACAACCCAUGGUGUGUAAAGCAUUCAAUUAUGAAGUAUUGGGACCUCAGAAUUUUCUUGUGAAUCCAUACAUGGGGGGACGAGUUCCUUCCUCAAAUGAUCAUACUGUCACUUCUUCUGAUACUUCAAAGACAACCAUCUUGAAUCCUCAAGUUUUUACAACUUCUCUAAAUGCAAGUCCAAAAUUAGAGCAAAAUUCUCAGUCUCCAUUAACACCAACACUACCGCAACAACCACCGCAACCACAACAACAACCACCACCACAAUCAGUCAAUCCUUAUCUCUUUGAUGAGAAAUUUAUUCAGGAAUAUCAUUGGAGACGAAGGAGACCAUUUUCAGAAACAAUUCUUCAUGCAGAAAAUAACAUUCAUGGUGGAAAUUCAAAUUCCUUAAUGAAAAAGAACAUUCCGAAUGUACCUACCAUUGACAUGGUGUGUGAAGAUGGAGCAACUUUAUCAUGUUAUUUUGAGUUCAUUGGACAACAGAAUUUGAAUUUUGAUAAGAAUUCUUCUCAUACAUUGUCUCAUCCUUCUUCUAUGAAUCAUCAUCAAGAAUCAGAUACAAUGAUGAUGAAUCCAGGAGGUCACAACACGUUCAACAGCAAUAAUACUUCUCAUCAUCAUGGAAUGACCCAUUCAAAGAAAACAGUCAUCUUCUUUCAUGAUGGCUCUGAAGAAGCUUUUGAAUACUUUUCACAUCCAUCUCUUCGCAAAUUUAAAGAUUUUAUUCUCUCGAUGGGUCUUCAAAUAUUUAUUUUUGAAUAUCGAGGUUUUGGAUUUUCCACUUGUGCACGUGGAGAAGAUGAAAGAAGUUCAUUGCACCGAUUUUUAGAAACAGAUUGCAAAUUAAUUCAUCAUCUCUUCAUCACUCGAUUGAAAAUACCCAUGUCUGAUGUGAUUGUUUAUGGAAAGGGAUUUUUAGGUACUACCUGUGCCAUACAUUAUGUCUCUAAAUUUCCAACUGUGGCAGGACUUUGUUUAGAGUCGCCUUGUGUUGAUAUUCUCAAAUUGAUACAUGCCAAUAUUCCAGAAGAGAGGAAUACAUCAUGUCUUCUUUCACAGAACAGUUCUGUAGAGUCAUCAGAUUUGUGGAAUUUGAAUGUUCGACUCGAAGAGGAAGAAUCCAUCAAGUUUGAAUUUACAAAUUACAACUUUGGAGUGGAAGAAUAUUAUCGUGUGAAAAAAUCAUUGAAAUCCGUUCACUCCUCUUCAAUAUUGAAUCGAAACCCGUCGUAUAAAAGCAAUACCACCACUCAACAACAACGAAAACCAAAUCUUCAUCACACAACCACAACAACCAUUGCUUGUAAAGUCGGUGAUGAAAAGUAUCACACCAUGAAAGAACUCAAAAAUUGCAUCUUGCAUCAUUUCAACACAGUGGAUAAGCUUUCUUCAUUUAAUGGAAAAUUACUCAUCCUCUUUCAACAAGGAAAUGAAUUGGUUCCAUAUGGUGACAUUGAAAGUUUUUUCAAGAAUGUAAAAACAGCAGAAAAGAAUAUGUAUCUACUCUCAUUGAAUGAAAUGACAAGCUCUGCAUUGAAUUCCACCGAUGAUCCAUUCAAUUUAUUUGAGAGAAAAUUCUAUGCAUGUGUCAAGGCCAUUCAUCGUUUUGUUCAAUCCUUGGGCCACGUCUUGCCUGAAAAUUAUGGAAUCUUUCUCGACAAGUUGCUCGAAAAAACAAAACCCUCAGUCCAUCAUAGACGACCCACAACACCACUCACUCAAGAAGAAGAGAAUGAGGAUUUAACUUCUGAAUUAUCUGAACUUGCAACGAGUUCCUAUGUGGAUACUUUUCAAAGUUUUGGUGGACGUGGACGGAAGUUCAACAGAUACAUGCCUCCUUGUGGUGGAUGUGGUCAUUGUAGAGCGUGUAUUGACCAAUCAUUGUUGGAAGAAGAAGAGAGACUCGGUAAAAAUCGUUUCAAUCAUUCUCUUCAUGAAGAGGAGGAGGAAACAGAUGAAAACGAUCGAACGGAAAGAGAUUUGGAUGAUGAAUAUAUCGAGGAGGACGAAGAGGAAGAGGUUAUCAUUAUGGAGAAUCCUCACCAAGAAGAGGAACAGAAAAUGGAACCAAUAUUCGAAUGA